AAAUAAAAUAAAAUCCCAACAAUUCUGGCUCUUUUAUUUAUUUAUGACACCAAUACGCCAACGCGUGGCUUUUGCUUCUUCGUUUUCUCCUUCGAUUUCACCGUAACCAAAUCUCCCUUCCUCUUUCUUUCUCUCCGGUGGCGUUAUCAAAUCACCGGAAAGUCUCACCGUAACGCCCCAAUCACUCGCCACAUCCGUCUUCUCCGCCGUCACCUUGUGGUUUCAGUUUAUUCUAACUCGUCGCCAUCAUGAAUCCCGAAUAUGAUUAUCUUUUUAAGCUUUUGCUUAUUGGAGAUUCUGGUGUUGGGAAAUCGUGUCUACUUUUGAGGUUUGCUGAUGAUUCAUACCUGGAAAGUUACAUUAGUACCAUUGGUGUUGACUUUAAAAUCCGUACGGUGGAGCAGGAUGGAAAAACCAUCAAACUCCAAAUUUGGGACACUGCAGGCCAAGAACGCUUUAGGACAAUCACUAGUAGCUACUACCGUGGUGCUCAUGGAAUCAUAGUUGUUUAUGACGUGACGGACCAAGAGAGUUUCAACAAUGUCAAGCAAUGGCUGAAUGAGAUUGACCGCUAUGCUAGUGACAAUGUGAACAAACUUCUAGUUGGGAACAAGUGUGACCUAACAGCAAACAAAGUUGUGUCAUAUGAGACGGCUAAAGCUUUUGCGGAUGAAAUUGGGAUUCCUUUCUUGGAAACCAGUGCAAAGGAUGCUACUAAUGUAGAAGAGGCUUUCAUGGCCAUGGCUGGUGCAAUCAAGAAUAGGAUGGCAAGCCAACCAGGCAUGAACAACGCAAGACCCCCACCAGUGCAGCUCAAAGGACAGCCCGUGAACCAGAAUUCUGGAUGUUGCUCGUCUUAAAAGAAAAAUUAGUUUUAGUGGGUUCAUAUGAUGAUAUUUGUCCUUUCGUGUUACUUGUUGCAUGUACCCCCCCCCCAAAAAAAAAAAAAACUAGUUUUAUUUUUUAUGCCAUUUGAUUGAUAAAGUGGUUCAUCGUUCUUUUUAUGUUCUCAUCUUUUGUGUUUCUUUAAUGUUCUCUUAAACUUCUAUUCUUUUAAUUCUAUUUGAUUUUACGAAUGCAUUUUGU